AUGGAAGAAGUAAGAAGUGAAUUGGAGAAGGUAGGGUUUCAGGGAGACUUUCAUAUUGGUCUCAUGAACCCUAGACACAUUCUCAUACGGUUUGAAAGGAAAGAAGACUUUCAACGUUGUUGGAUUCAAACAAUGUGGAAUAUCAAAGGCUAUGCAAUGCGUAUUCUCAAAUGGCAACCCGGUUCUCGAUUUGAAGAGGAUCCCCCUGUCGUUCCAAUUUGGAUUGCUUUACACGAACUGCCGAUUGAGUUUCUUAACCCGCAGAUCUUGUUCUCAGUCGCGGUCGCCAUUGGCAAGCCCUUGCAGGUGGAUACGCCGACUCUGAACCUCACAAGGCCUUCAGUCGCCCGUUUCUAUGUGGAAGUGGAUUUAACGAAACAAAAAGAAUUUCCGGCUGCUAUUAAAAUUGGGAAGAAAGGAAAGAAAUAUGAGCAAGCAUUCACAUACGAAUUCAUUCCUGCUUAUUGUGACCAUUGCCAGAAAAUUGGUCAUAAUGACACUGUAUGUAAGCAGAAGAUUGGUUGGAGUUUAGAACAUGAAGGUAAGAAGUUUGCGGAUGCAAGGCAAUUGAUUGAGAAGAAAAAAGCCAAGAAGGUGCAGCCGGUAUCAAAGUCGCAGCCUAGGGUUUCUGCAAACCCUAGCCCACAGUCGAUGCAUGUGCCGCCUGAAAAGCUGUCUUCUUCUGGCUUAACACAAAAAGAGAAGGACACAAUUGUGGUGGAUAUUGAGAGCUCUCCGCCCAAGCAAAAAGACACGGGUAUCAAGAAGAAUACGGAGUGUUCCAGUGAUGAUCAGCCUCGCAACUCACUGAAUCUUGUGGUAUCGACGUCGGCAAACAAGUUUGCUGUCCUCGAUACAAUUCAAGAGGAAGAAGGUGAGAUUGUUGAAGAUGUGACAGUGGAGGAUGGUUUGGAAGACUCAGAGCCUACUGAUAAUUCUGAAAAUAGACAUAAUGACACGUCACUUCCACCAGAGCAAGAAGGAUCCACGGAUUUGGGGCCGGAACUUUCCACAUUGGAAGCCUUCCAGAAAGAGCUGUCUGCAUUGGGUAAUGAUACAGUUCUCCCGGCCAGUGAUUUUGCUGAUGAUGGUGUGAUUGGGAAAAAUUCUGAGAUUGGUGAAACAAUAAUUGUUGAGCAGGAAAGUUGGUCUGAAGGGGACUUGGACGUUUAUGAGGAUCAAGAGCGAGUGACAGCACAAGGGUCUGUCUCGUUACCUCAAAAACGUGGACGAAAAACGAAAGCUGAGCUAACCGAAUUAAAUGCAGGAGUGGCCUUGAGAAGGUCGCCACGGUUGCAUUAA